GGCUUCGUCGAGACCGAUGCCGCCAGUGGCAGCCACCUCUUCUACUACUUGGUCGAAUCCGCCGACGAGCCAGCCUCCGACCCCUUGGUCUGGUGGUUCAACGGGGGCCCCGGCGCGUCGAGCUUCGCGGGCCUCUUCUCCGAGAACGGGCCGCUGCUCCUGAACGACGCCGGUGUCCUCGUCGACAACCCGUACGCGUGGAACGCGCGCGCGAACGUGCUCUACGUCGAGUUCGCGCCCGGCGUCGGCUACAGCUACUGCGCCGCGUCGGCCAACGGGACCGCGACCUGCGCCCAGUCCUCGGGCCUGUGCUCGCCGUGCCCCGCGGACGACUCGUCCGUCGCCUCCCAGAACGUGAAGUUCCUCGCCGGGUUCCUCGACCUCUUCCCGGCGUUGAAAGGGCGGCCCCUGUUCCUGACGGGCGAAUCCUACGCGGGCGUGUACGGCCCGCUGCUCGCGCGGGCCAUCCUCGACGCGUUCGAUGACGCGACGGUCGCGAAUCUGCACGGCGCGUGGUUCACGGACCCCUGUAUCGACAACAAGGAGCAGUUCGGCUGGCUCGAUAUCGGGCCGAGCUUCCUCUUCUCCGCGGGCCUGAUCGACGCGCGGCUCUACGAAACGCUGACGUCCGACGCGUGCACGCUGUCG